AUGACUCGACCGUCAAGAUUCCUCGGAACGGCGACGGCGACGCCACCGCAACCGUCGGAGCAGAUGCUCGCGGCGGAAUCCGACAUGGUUGUGAUCUUGUCGGCUCUUCUUUGCGCACUCAUAUGCGUAGCCGGUCUCGCUGCCGUUGUACGUUGCGCUUGUCUCCGGCGAUUUACCGCCGGAGGAGAUUCCCCGACGCCGUCGGCAAAUAAAGGUUUGAAAAAGAAAGCUCUUCAGUCUCUUCCAAGAUCAACUUUCACCGCCGGUGAGUCAACCUCCGGCACCGCCGCGGAAGACGGCGGUGAUUCGACGGAGUGUGCGAUUUGUCUAACUGAUUUCGCCGACGGAGAAGAAAUCAGAGUCCUUCCUCUAUGUGGCCAUUCGUUCCACGUGGCGUGUAUUGACAAAUGGUUGGUUUCUAGGUCUUCUUGUCCUUCUUGUCGCCGGAUUCUUACUCCGGUGAGAUGUGACCGGUGCGGUCAUGCUUCCACGGCGGAGAGUCAAAUGAAAGAUCAUCAACAUCAUCACCAACACUCUUCGCACCUCACUUCCUCUGUUCCUACGUUUCUUCCUUAA